AGUAUUCUGUUGACGUGGCGUAGCUAAACAAACGAACGCCAGUAAAUCGGUGGAAGAAUGGAUGUACCUUAGGUCGUCGACGGAACAGUGCUCAUGUUUUCAGUGAAAAAUGACUGGGAGAAGCCAUCACUAUGGUUUCCAGUCAGCCACGACGAUGCAGCCUGCCAAUGGAGGACAUGCCUACCUAUUUGGGAACAGCGCUGAGAACGAUCUCUCUGAGGAGGAUGGAGAGAGCUACGAUCUGCGCACCCGAGGCCGGGACCGGAGGAGCACCUCCAGGGAGAGGUCAGAUGACAUUGUCCACCUGGUCCGAGACAUUAAAGAAGGGGACACUCUGAAUAGCUUCUCCCUGCAGUACCACUGCUCAGUAGCAGACAUCAAGAGGGCCAACAACCUGUUGACAGAGCAGGACUUCUUUGCCCUGAGAUCCAUCAAGAUCCCUGUGAAACGCUUCAGCGUGCUGACGGAGACCCACAACACUGCUCCUCGCAAAUCUGCCUCCCCCACAGUCCCCCGACGCAUCCACCAGCCCCCCAUCUCCACAGAGACUUCCACAGACUCCUCUUCCUCCUCGUCCACAGACAGUGUGGGCAGCUUCCUGCAGGAAAAGGACAAGGACAUAGAGCUGCUGGUCAAGUCCACUGGCACCUCCAGAAGCAGCCUGAACGAGGUGGUCUCCUCCCUGACCCUCCAGCAGCCCUUACUACUGGGGGAGCCUGACUUCAAGCCUGUCCUCAGGAAGGACCCCUACCAUGGGGCAGACUGGGGCAUGAGGUGGUGGACGGCGGUGGCCAUCAUGGUGGUGGUUGGCAUCGUCACACCAGUGUUCUACCUGCUGUAUUACGAGGUGCUGAUGAAGGUGGAUGUGAGCCACCACACCACCACGCCGUCGGCCAAUCCCAAGGGCAUGCAGCAUGCCCAGAUUCCUGAGCCUGUGGCAAUCAAUGGAGAGCCCAACUCAAGACCUCAGGCUGGAAACAUACCUAAACCAGACUCACAUGGACACAGUGAUGUGGAUGGCCACCUUGACCCCAAGAAAGAGAAAACGUAGUGAGGGUGAGAGUCACACUGAAGGAGUGGGAGAUAUUUCUGAGCAGUUAAAUAUGGUACAAUCUCUCUGAGAAUCACUUAAUGGGGAACAGAAUCCAUUGGAAAAUGUAUAAUAAUUUGCCAUGGACAUACAGAAUUAAUGUUUUAAAAAAAUGUUUUUAAAGCACUUUGUUUUUUGCACAGAGGUACCCAACUGCUUAUUGUCCCUUUUUGUCAGCUGAUGGGACUGUUUCUACCAUAAAGCUGUCUACAUGGUUUGUGCUAUCUGGGAUCCUUGGGACGCCCCUACCCUUAACCCCUAUAUUUUACCAUAACCCUUACCCAUAUUACAUUUUAACUUUAAUGGGUUGAUGUCAGAGUUGGACGUCCCAAUGAUCCCGGAUAGCAAUGACCCUGUCUAAAGUGAGGGUUAGUUUCUUGGUCAGAAAAGUACUGAUUGCUACCACUUAUCAUAGAGAAUACUUAAUGACAGUAAUUUGAGGAAUAUUGGUCUUAUACUUACAAUAUCAGUAUUGUCUAAGAUGUGUUGCAAAUAAUCUUGAACAUUGCUUGUAUAUAUUUUUGCCUGUCUAGGGAGAACUGCAUUUUGACUCACAAAACCUGUAUCUCUACUUAGGGCAUGGUGACAACAGGAAAUGCACAAUAUUCCCAAACACUAGCUAGCUAUAUUCUAGUGAAAUGUUAUUUUAGUUCCUUUUCCCCAUUAUGUCCAUUUCAUAAAAUCAGUAUGUGCCUUCAACCUGUGGAACACUACAACAGACUGAAAAUAAAGUAUUUUGAAUAAAUUAUUGAUGCUCAGACUUUG